GGAUGUCUGAGAUGGAUCCCCUCACCAGGAUCCCGUGUCAACCUGUUCAGGGAGCUUCUCUCAUACGAUGUAACAGUGCACACACGGAGGAGAGAGCUGAUCAGCUACAUAUGGAGGCACAAAAUCAGAUGCAGCAUGACAGAAUCAACCACAGCUCCACAGGCUUUAACAGCUUGGAGUCUAAGACAGAGGUCAGCGUGUCGUCCUGCCUGCUCACGCCCACUGCCUCCCCAAGAGAUUCCGGCGUGUCUGAAGAACGAGGGAUAAACGGUGGAGUUAGCAGUGGAGGGUUUAUGAAGUCUGAGGGGGCCAGUGGGAGCCCGGUGGACUGGACAGUGUCUGAUGUGGUCAGUUAUUUCACAGCAGCAGGUUUCCCUGAGCAGGCUGCUGCCUUCAGGACCCAGGAAAUCGAUGGCAAGUCUCUUCUCCUCAUGCAGCGUAACGAUGUUUUGACUGGCUUGUCAAUCAGACUCGGCCCCGCCCUCAAGAUCUAUGAGCGUCAUGUAAAGGUUCUGCAGAAAACGCACUUUGAGGAUGACGACUGCUAACGACAGACAAGUGAAAUGUACACAAAGACUGUUAUGUCUGUAUCUACAUAUAGCUCAAGUUAUCAUAUAAAAAUGUAUGCAUGAUAUACAAUACACUUUUCAUCUCAUGUCAAACAGCGCGCACAUGCACACACACACACACACACACA